AACAACGUUUCAGUGAGGACCGAAUUGGUUGCCACACCGACAGGCUCGCAUCUCGCAUGAAUGGAAAGAUAUUAGCUGUAAAAGCCUUGACAUAGGAAUGGAAACUGGAUGCAGAGAUUUCCGAGUUAAAGUUAGUCCGUAUCUGUCGAUUUAACGUGGGCACACUUUUCCCUUGAUUCAACUUUAAAGUGUCUUUGUUUGUUUGUGUGUAGAGCGGGAGCUAAGUAGCUGCUAGCCUGAAGCUACCAGUCAGGCUAGGUAACGUUGACAUUAGCAUUAGCCUGUCGAGGUAGCCAGCCCUGCUCCAACUACAUAGACCAACAACAGAGCAAACAUGGUUGAAACUAUAUUUGACCUCCCGGUCGAAAAGCAGAUAUUUUAUGCUGUUUUGGGAUUUUCCUGGACAGUGUACCUAUGGGAGGCAUACCUUUCUUACAGACAGAGGAGGAUAUACAGAACAACAACACAUGUGCCACAGGAGCUAGGGAAGAUCAUGGAUUCUGAAACAUUUGAGAAGUCACGUCUUUAUCAGCUGGAUAAAAGCAACUUCAGCUUUUGGUCUGGACUCUACUCUGAGACUGAGGGGACGUUGAUCCUGCUCCUUGGGGGAAUCCCGUUUCUGUGGGGCGUCGCUGGUUCUGUGACGACUCGCUUCGGAUACGGUUCAGAGUACGAGAUCACCCAGUCCCUCGUGUUUCUGACGCUUGCCACCCUGUUCAGUGCCUUAACUGGACUUCCCUGGAGUUUGUACAACACAUUUGUCAUUGAGGAGAAGCACGGCUUUAAUCAGCAGACAUUGGGGUUCUUCCUGAAGGAUGCUGUAAAGAAGUUUGUUGUGACCCAGUGCAUCCUGCUGCCCGUAACCUCACUGCUCCUGUACAUCAUCAAAAUUGGUGGAGACUACUUUUUCAUCUACGCCUGGCUCUUUACCCUGGCUGUCUCUCUGGUGCUUGUCACCAUCUACGCUGAUUACAUUGCUCCCCUGUUCGACAAGUUCACUCCGUUGCCAGAAGGAGAGUUGAAGACAGACAUUGAGGCCAUGGCCAAGAGUAUAAGCUUCCCCCUCACUAAGGUUUAUGUUGUAGAAGGUUCCAAGCGUUCAUCACACAGCAAUGCAUACUUCUAUGGCUUCUUUAAGAACAAACGCAUCGUGCUGUUUGACACUCUGCUGGAAGACUACUCGCCUCUCAACAAGACUGGAGAGCCACAGGCCGAGCAGCCGGAGAGCGAUGAGACAUCCAGCGAAACAAAAGCCAAACCUAAGAACAAGAAACAAGGCUGCAACAACCCAGAGAUCCUCGCAGUAUUGGGUCAUGAGCUCGGCCACUGGAAGCUUGGCCACACUGUAAAGAAUAUUGUCAUCAGUCAGAUGAAUUCCUUCCUGUGCUUCUCCCUGUUUGCUGUUCUGAUUGGACGUAAGGAGUUGUUUGUAGCUUUUGGCUUCAAUGACAGCCAACCCACAUUAAUAGGCUUGAUGAUUAUCUUCCAGUUCAUCUUCUCCCCGUACAAUGAGCUCCUGUCCUUCUGUCUGACGGUUCUGAGUCGUAGGUUCGAGUUCCAGGCAGAUGCCUUCGCACGCGGCAUGGGCAAAGCCUCCGAGCUCUACUCUGCCCUCAUCAAGCUCAACAAGGAUAACCUGGGCUUCCCCGUGGCCGACUGGUUGUUCUCCAUGUGGCACUAUUCCCACCCUCCCCUCCUGGAGCGCCUCAGAGCGCUGGGCAACGUCAAGCAGGACUGACGGGGCUGGAAGGGGGAGCGGCGACCGCUGCCUCCUCCAAAGGGCCUCCGCAGGCCACUCCUGGCUCUGUGAUGCACCCUGGUCUUUCUUUACUCACCUGCACCCCCUCAUCUUGUUUUAUCUUGUUUUAGUCUCUUCUUCACUUGCCAUUCUUUCCAUUUUGUUCCCUUUGAAGCUUUGUUUUAAACAAAACCAAAACAUAUCAGCAUAAAGCAGCCCCCCAAAAAAUGAGCUCAUACUGAGGUCUCUGCUCUUUCUUUAGAGACACCUAAUUUGCACUUGCUGGGAGCAAUAUAUCUGAGCAAUGUGUGUUUUAAAAGAGUAUUGUCAGAGCACAGGCCACAUUUUGCAGAUAAAUUUAUUCUUAAAAUAACUAUAACUGUUGGUAACUUGGUUUCUUUUUAAUCUAAAAAGGAAGUGUAACAAAAACAAUUUGUCAUCUACAAAACCUUGAAUUUUACUCGCACAACUAUUUGUUCUUGUGAUGGAGAUAUGGCAUCCAACUGUUGAGCGCAUAAGAGUAAAGAGACGGCUAAUUCUACAAUAUACUGAGAGUUUUAUCUGCUGUCAAUACAGAUGUGGUAGGUGGGCAGACCGAUGACUUCUUACGAACUCAUGACAAUAUAUAUUUUCAGAUACACAGGCCAGAAUUUGAUUUGUCCCUCAAGUGCAAUGGUUGCUUUUUUAUUCUUUUAAAUGCAAUAUCUCAAGAGAAUACGUGUUAAUCCAGUUAUUAAAUCAGAUCCCCAGUUUUGCAAGAGGAACUAUGUAGAUGCUUUACCACAGUAAAAAAAAAAAAGUGAGUGCCUCGAAUUACUGCUGUUUUUGUUCAGAUAAUGAAAAUACUAUGAACAGAGCAGUGCAGAAAAUUUCAUUUGAAAUUAUGUUUGGCUUCUGAUUUUCAUUUUUUACAUGCAUUUUGGGGGGCAUGGGUCCUUGUUUUUUUCUAAAGUACUUGCUCGACGACAAGGGUGCAACCAUACCUGUACAUAUGUAACUUUAAUUAGUAGAGUAUUGACGUAUGAAGUGAAUUGUGAAAAAUGUUGAAUGUGGAUUGAAAUUUUAAGUUGAUAUAGUGGGUUGUUUUUUUUUUUUUGUUUGUUUGUUUGUUUCAUCUCUUGGAUUUUGGGCCUGAGUGAGCGCAGAGUUGCCUGGAAAGCAAAAUAUUUAUAGGGGACCUUGGAGAGGAGGUCUGCGAGGUUCCUUUUACCAAUAAGCCAGUGCCUGGUUUGUUCAGAGGGGACUGUAUACUUCCUUUGCAGCAUUGAAUAAAAUCCUUCAAAGCA